GGCGGGGCGGGGCGCGUCAUGGCGGAGGGGAGCGAGCACAGUUCUGUAGUCCAGGCUCCCUGCAAACACGCGCUCCAGGAACCACCGGCCUUUAUUUGUGCUGAUAGUUUGUGCCACUGAGACGGAGCUGUAGUCACAGCUGAAGAUGCCACUCUUCUUCCGUAAGAAGAAACCCAGCGAUGAUGCUCGGAAGCGCCUUGAAUACCAAAUGUGCCUGGCAAAAGAGGCUGGUGCCGAUGAUGUUCUUGACAUAUCUAAGUGUGAACUUUCAGAGGUUCCUUACGGGGCCUUUGCAACUUGUAAAGUCUUGCAAAAAAAGGUGCUGAUUAUUCAUACAAAUAACCUUACAUCUUUAGUUCCAAAGUCCUGUAGCCUUCUGAGUCUCAUAACUGUGAAGGUUCUAGAUCUGCAUGAUAACCAACUGGCAUCGCUUCCUGUUGAUAUUGGUCAGCUAACAUCUCUUCAGGUCCUAAACCUUGAACGGAAUCUCUUAAAAUGUCUUCCACAAUCUAUAGGAGAUCUUGCCCAGCUCCAGAUCCUCAAUGUGAAAGGCAAUAAGCUGAAGGAGCUGCCUGCAACUGUGAGUGGCUUGCGGAGUUUGCGCACUCUGGAUAUCAGCGAGAACCUCCUGCAAGAACUGCCCCGGGUGCUGGCUCACAUCCGCACGCUGGAGAUGCUGACCCUGGACGCUUCUUCCAUGACAUACCCAUCAGCUGAUAUUUGCAGUGCAGGUACAGAGUCCAUUCAGCAGUUCCUCUGCAAAGAGUGCGGAAUUGCGUACUACCCUCCCUCACAGUAUGUGCUCCCUGUGCUGGAGGGCGAUGGAGGAGAAACGUCAGUGGAUGGGGUGGAUGGGACAGUGCAUAAAUACUUGGAGGAGGAGAGCAAGUGGCAGAACAGAUUCUUGGACUAUGAGAAGAGGAAGGAAAAAAAAAUGCAGGAGAAGCUUGAAUUUGAGCGGCGCCUGAACAUGGGGCAAAGAGAACAUGCUCUGCUUGUUCAGCAGAUCAACAGUCAGAAGGAUGAGAUACUGCAGACAGUGAGAGAGGAUCAGAUGAGGCUGGAGAAGGGUCUGACAAAGCACCAGCGCCAUUUGGAGGAGGAGCGCCUGAAACUGCUGCAGCAGUUGAAACAAGCAGAGCAAGGCAUUGCCAGCCGUAUCCAGAAGCUGAUAGAGGACAAUCAGAGGCAAAAACAAAGUUCAGACAUUCUGAAAUCAUUGGAGAAUGAGAGAAUAAGGAUGGAGCAGCUGAUGGCAAUAACACAGGAGGAGACAGAGCAGCUGCGCAGAAGGGAAGUGGCCUCUGCCAUGCAACAAAUGCUGGCCGAGAGCUACAAGAACAAGCUCAUCCAAAUGACCUACGAGUCUCGUCGGCAAAACCUUGUCAGCCAGGCCUGUUCCAGCCUGGCUGAGAUGGAUCAGAAGUUCCAGCAAAUCCUGGCGUGGCAACAGCUGGAUCAGAACAAGGCUGUUAGUCAGAUCUUGCAGCAGAGUGAGAUGCAGAAAGCUGCCUUUGAAGCUCUCCAACUGAAGAAGGAUCUUAUGCAUAGACAGAUCAGGAACCAGAUUAAAUUAAUAGAAACAGAGUUAUUGCAGUUGACACAGCUGGAGUUAAAGAGGCAAGAACUGGACACAGAGACGCUGCAGGGGGUGAUCAUGGAGCAACGGCAAGCACUUGGUUACCUGCUGCAGCAGCUGCUCAAAGAAAAGAAGCAAAGGGAAGAAGAGUUGCAACAAAUACUGCUGGAAAUGGAGGCAAAGAGUGAGACCAAACAGGAGAACUACUGGCUGAUCCAGUACCAGCGCCUGCUGAACCAGAAGCCACUCUCCCUGAAACUCCAGGAGGAGGGCUUGGAGAAGCAGCUGGUGAACCUUUUACUUGAGCUGUCAGCUGAACAGUACGUGCCUGUCUUUGCACACCACCGAAUAUCUUUGCAAGUGCUCAGCACCAUGACUGCCAGUGACCUGGAAAAGAUGGGUGUUACAGAGACUGGCCUGCAGCGUGCCAUCCUCAGGCGAGCUCAGGAGAUCCUGGCUGUGGCAAAGACGAUCCCAGAGCUGCUGAAGAUGGUGGAUGCCGAGGUGCCUGCAGCCCCAGAGCCCAGCGCCCCCGAGGAGGAGGCUCCAAGCACCGUGACCCCGACUGCUCCCCCACUGCGGUGGGAUGAGAAGUCUGAGUGCGUUGUCUGCAUGGAGCAGGAGGCCCAGACAGUUUUCCUACCAUGUGGCCACGUUUGCUGCUGCCAGACCUGCUGCGAGCAGCUACGUGCUUGCCCCCUGUGCCGCAAGGACAUCACACAGCACGUCCGCAUCUUCUACAGCCGCUAGGCAGGACGGAGUAAGGCAAGGCUGCCCCGCACCACCUUCAUCACCCCUUCUCAGGGCUAUGCUCCUCUGUAUCAGUAUUAAAUACACUCGCACAGCAUGGCCAGCACUGCCCUUUCCCUGCACGCAGCUCUGGGCUGGCUGCUGGCUGCACCCAGGGCCUCAGCUGCUCUCCACAUUCCCUGAUGGUUCAUCACUGGGUGAUGAAACUGGGCAAAGCGGUGCCCCCUCCUCUCUGGCUAAUACAUUUGCCUUCAGAAAUGCCUCUUGCUUGGCAGGGAUGCAAUUAGUGGUGUCUCUGAAGCCCCUGGGACUCUGCACUCCCCUGCUGCGGCCGCGGCACUGCUGUGCUCCUGCGUCAAGCACUGUGGCCCGAAGGCGGGUGAAUUCUUCUGCAGGAGGACUCAGCCAGGGGUCUGCAGUGCACUGGGAUGCUAACAGUACCUUGCACCUAUGCCAUUGCCAAAGGCCUGGGGCUUCUGCACGGGCAACCUGUGGGCGUGUGUCUGGUGGGCUGCAGCCACGUGCAGCGGGUGAUGGGGCAGGGUGAGGCGCUCCCCGACCCUGAAGUCAUGCUCCCAUGGGAGGGGAGUCUGCAGCAGCCCCAGAACCAGGACUCGAGGGACCCACUCUAGCUAGAGGAGCCCAGUGGGAUUCCCUGUUGAAAAUGCACUGUGAGCAGGAAGCGUUCCUGCCACCUGAGAGCCAGCACGAGUCCGGGUGGGCUGGGGCUGGGCCUGGCAGAGCUCUGCCUCGUGUCCGUGUGUUGGUGUUUGGAUAGUUCGCCAUUGUCAUUAAUAAGUAACAGUCCCAGUAAGUCUCUUGUCUCUUGACCUUGAGGUAUAAAAAUGCAGAGAUAAGCCUGGUCCCACUGCAGCCCUUCCCCCAGGAGAAGCUAUUAAAAGGCAGCUGGUUUCUGCUG